AAAAAAAAAAAACUUUUAAAUAUCCUUAAAUUUUUAACUUCAAGACUUUUUUGAGGUUGCAAUCAUUUUACUUUAAGCUUAUAAUAACCUUCCCUCUCUACGAUUGUGAGUUGUAAACUUAUCAUGAUCCAUAUUCCUUACUUUUUUGAUAGUAAUAAUAAUAUUACUGCUGUAAAUCGUUCUAUGAAUCACAAUACGAAUAUGCAGACAACAACAUUUUCGAACGAUAUGUUAUAUCAAUCCAAUUCUGGUCCUUUAAUUGGCUCUCAUUAUAACAUGCAAGUGAACCAACAAAAUCAGCAGAAUAAUGUAGGACCGAAUACUUACACUAUGCUUAACCAAGCAACUACUCAUGAUGUCAGUCAAAACAAUUUGCAGCCCCAUAACGAUGAGAGAAAUGCAUCAUAUCAUCGUCAAUUAGCUCAGAACCAGGCUAUGGCACUCGCUCAGUUAUCUGUUCCAAAGGAACCGGAACAAAAAUAUUCUAUUCAACACAUGCCUUAUGACGAUCUUUCUAAUAAUAUUAAUUACGCGAUUGAACAUGAUUUCGUAUCAUCAUCCGAUUUACAUCAACAACCCCAAAACAUUUCCUCUUCAUCAACCCAAUCAGCCGUUUCCAAUUUGGUAAAUCAAAAACCACCAGUUUAUACCAAAUGGACAGAACAAGAAGAUGAGUUGCUGCGGUCUGCUGUACGUAUGUAUGGCCCUCAUAAGUGGUCUUUGAUCGCAACUCAUGUACCAAAUAGAACUCCUAUGCAAUGUUCUGCUAGAUGGGUUGGUGCAUUAAAUCCCUCUAUUCUUAAAGGUCGAUGGACUUCUCAGGAAGAUAACGCUCUUAAAGAAGCUGUUAGUCAUUAUAUCAAUUCAGUUGAUUCUCAAGGAAAUCCACAACCGAUUCCAUGGAAUAAAGUUUCAAAAAGGAUUCCUCAAAGAACCGGUGCUCAAUGUCAAGCCCGUUGGACUGAGGCUUUGGAUCCUCGUAUAAGAAAAGGAAAAUGGUCACCUAGUGAAGAUGAAAUUUUGAAAGAAGGUGUUAGAAUGUUUGGACGUUGUUGGAUUCGUAUCGCAGAAAUGAUUGAUGGAAGAACUCAGAGACAAUGCCGUACUCGCUGGCUACAAAUAAAAAAUAAACAGUCGAGAAUUAAAAAUGAUGAGUCAGGAAUUACUACGAUUAACUCAGUAAAUAAUUCAAAUGAUGAUAAUAAUGGAACAAUGCUUAUAUUGACACCACCUCAUACAACUCCAUCGACUCCUUCACAAAGAAUUAAAAAUGUAUCAUCUAACUCACCAGAAGUUAUGCAAGGGAUGCAAGGAGUGAUCCUACGUUCUUCACAGCAAAUGAUUAACACCGAUAACUCUGCUUUUGCCACAUUAACAUCACCGGUAUCGAAUAGUGGAAAAAGUCCAACAAUUUCCGAUUCUGAAACUCCUAUUUCAAGUCCUGAAUUCCAUUCAAAUUACGCCAUACCCCUGGUUGAUACGAAUUCUUAUAAUUUUAACAAUUGCAAUUUAUAUGGUGCAUAUCAAUCUCCAUAUAUCGAAGAUUACCACAACCAAGUCGCAUAUAUUUUUUAAAUUCGAUUCGUUUUUUUUUAAAAAAAAAGUGAAAGGAAUAAAUUAUUUAUUUAUUUAUUUAUUAUAUACAUAUAGAACAAAUUAAUAUAAAAGGGAAUUAUGAAAAAAGGGAAACGAGUUACGAAUAAUUAUUUAUGAACUAUUUUUUUUUUUUUUAGAA